AUUCCAACGGUCGCGUCAAACGUACGCGUUACAUUGGCUGGCGCAGUGUUAUUUGUUGAUAUCAUAGAGUUCGAUUCUUAUAAACUUUAAGUGCAUUCCUUAAGUGCCCGCAUAGAAUUCAAAUGAAUAAUUGUUUUCUGAACUCUUAAUAAUGAUUAUGUGGUUAUUGAAUCAUUUUUAAAAAAAAUAUUGUGGAUUAAGUUAAUUGCAACUAUUCUAAGAUAAGUCAUGGGUGCACCAGCUUGGGGCACGCGGGGUGGCGGCGACCGACCACGGCUGCUUCGUAUGACCCCUCUUAGACAUAGCUUUGCAGCGCCGGCGACACCUCCAACACAGGCACCUCGCACACACGAUUAUGCGUCAGAUGCUGAUACGAAAAAAGAAGAAAGUUGGAAUGCCAACUUAUCUCAGAGAUGGCGAAAAUUGCGACGGAGAUGUUCACGGCUGCGGCCUGGUUCAGGGAAUCGUGAACCUAGUCCUGUACGUUGUUCGCCAUCUCCCCCUCGUCCGCCUCCGCACUGUUCCCCUGCCCCCGCCGCAAAGCUCUCGUUCAGACAUCGUGGUAAAGUAUACACAACAGCAUCUCUCCGAGUGACCAGCGGGGCGCCUGACAUUCUUCGGGCUCUUGGUAAACUUGGAGGCGGAUUGAGAAGACGAGCUCUAUCCGCACACGAUGUUCUUACACCGCCGCAACAGCAACCGUCCACAUUUUACGUACCUAGCCCAACGUCUGCUCGACAACCUUCCUCGCCGUCUCCAACUAGACAAAAUUCCACACUUCGUCGACGUUGUAGUUCGCCUAACGUAUAUCGAACAAAAAAUUCAGCUCCCAGAGAGCGAGCGCCACUUAUUAAUCAAGAAGAUGAGAGCAGAGAUGUCGUUGACUAUUCAUAUGGCCUAGAACGGCGUAAGAAUAGUAGGGAUGGCCGAAGUCGGCCCUACAGUGAGAACGUUAAUGUUGACAUUCCUAUAUAUAAAAACGGUUAUAAUAGAUUAGGAAGUGAUACUGACCGAUUAUGGGAGGAACCGUACAGAUUGCCAAGGGUUCAAGUGCGGCAGGAUCCUAUACAGCAAUUAAGGAAUGGAGUGUCGGAGCUUCGAGUUAGUUCCACGCCACGAUCAGCUCGCCCUCCCCCCGCGCCGCCCUCUACCGGCCAAAAACCAACUAAGCGACCUCCAGCUCCUGAACCGAGAGACACACACACUUUUGAGGUGCGUUUCACAAAGUCGGCUGGUGGCAAAGGUCUCGGUUUCAGCAUAGUAGGUGGCCGCGACUCUCCCCGGGGUGAUAUGGGAAUCUUCGUGAAAACAAUAUUCAAUAACGGCCAAGCUGCCGAAUCCGGUUUACUUCGGGAAGGUGACGAAAUCGUAUCAGUAAACGGUAGGGGCACAGCGGGUCUAACCCACGGGGAAGCUAUAAGGUUAUUCAAGGACGUACGCGCCGGUCCCGUAUUACUGCGAGUCGCGAGGCGGUCGCCCGCACGCUGACUGCCCUGCGCCUGCUGUGGGGACCCACUUCAGGCGCCUGACUAUUCCACUAUAUGAGACCUUGUGCGAGCCAAUUGAGAAUAGGAUCGAUUCAGCGCCAUGUCGUGACGCCAUUGGUGGUAAUUCAAACGUAUUAAUAGCAACAACGUUUGUAUUUAAAUUUGGAAAGUCACGUUCGAUUUAUUUUAUAUUUGACCGUUAUUGAGAUGCAUAAAGAAAUUCAAAGUAAAAUGUGUUUUUAAAUGACAUUUGAAACGUAGAUUGAUUUAUUAAACAUUGAUGUUCCUAUUCUUAGUUGAGUCGCGAUACGCUGUACAAGACUUUCCUAAUGCACAAUAUUAUUACUUAAGAAGAAUUGUUAAUAUAUCUCGCAGAGGUGAAGCGGAUUUAACAGCUAGUGAAUUCGUACUUUCGUGUAUUUGAUUUUACGCGAGUAGUAUACAUUUAGAACAUAACACUGUUUAACGGUUUUAAACGCUAUAUUUUCAUAGUAUUCAUCCCGAUGUGUGAACACUUUAGAGUCUUCCCGCAACCACGCUAGCUGUAAAUUUUUAAAGUGAAAAAUUAGGUAAUUCCCGUCUUUCUUUAAUUAUUAUCAGAUUAAUUUUGUUAUGUUACUGACUGCAUUUACGUCCAUCUGCUUCUGAACUGAAUGGCUUUGUGUAUUGAAGAAAUCUUUCUCAAUUUCUUGGGUCUACUAUGGAUCACUUUUGUAAGCUGUAGGUAGUGACUGCGUUGUAAAAUAUUUAUUUAUCUAGUAGGGAUGACGUAAAAUAAUUAUUUAAAGUAUUUAUAUGAUUGUUUAACGCAUGACUUGUACAUUUCUUAUGUUGUUUAUUGGUAAAGAUGUGUCAAUAUGAUAUGCUUUCUGAUUUAGUAUUUACUCUAUGUAAUUAUGAUGUGUCUACAAAUAUACAAAAGAACUUUUAACAAUUUUAACAGUAAAUAAAACACUAGUGGUCCGCCCCGGCUUUGCCUGUGGUACAUAUAUGGAUAGCUACUGAUAGCCAUAUAUAGAUACAGCAUUCUGGGAUCACGAACAUAUUCAAUGGUAAAGGAUUUUUGAUAUCACUCCUACAGUUUCUGCGAUACGCACAUUCAAACAAAAAAA